AUGAAAAUCACCACAAUACUCAGGUCCCUCCUGGUGGGCCUCUGCAUCGCAUCGACGCUCGCAAUAUCGGUCACAAACAACCAGAAUGAUGUCGAGGGCUUCUUCAACAAGAACAAGAGCAAAAGUGGGCAUACCAAUAACUGGGCAGUUCUGGUCUGCACAUCUCGAUUCUGGUUCAACUAUCGCCACAUUGCCAAUACACUAUCGAUGUACAGGACCGUCAAAAGACUUGGUAUUCCAGACUCCAAUAUCAUUAUGAUGCUCGCAGAUGAUGUCGCUUGCAACUCUAGAAAUAUUUUCCCCGCCACGGUCUACAAUAACCGUGGCAGAUACUUGGAUCUUUAUGGCGAGAACGUUGAGGUCGAUUACAGAGGAUACGAAGUCACCGUAGAGAAUUUUAUCCGCCUAUUGACCGGGCGUGUGGCCAAGGAGACGCCUCGAUCUAAGCGUCUCUUGACAGAUGACCAGUCUAACAUUCUAGUCUAUAUGACAGGCCACGGUGGCGAGGAAUUUCUAAAGUUCCAGGAUGCGGAGGAAAUCAGCGCAUACGAUCUCGGUGACGCUUUCCAACAAAUGUACGAAAAGAAGCGUUACAACGAGAUCCUUUUUAUGAUUGACACCUGCCAAGCCAACACCAUGUAUACCAAAAUCCAUUCGCCCAACAUCCUCGCCACAGGAAGCAGCAAGCUCAAGGAGAGUUCUUAUUCGCACCACGAUGAUCCCGACAUUGGCGUCGCUGUCAUCGACAGAUUCACCUACUAUGUUCUGGAAGUACUCGAAAAAGUUGACAUGCAAUCCAAGGCGACACUCAAAGAUCUCUUCGAUACAUACAAUUUCGAUUUGCUGCAUUCAACACCUGGAGUGCGCGACGAUCUUUUCAACCGGCCUCUAGAUCAGGUGCUUCUCACAGACUUCUUUGGCAAUGUCCAGAAUGUUGAGUUGACAGAAUCAAAGGAAAAAAGUUCAUUUGUGGCAGAAAGCGACGGUGUCCUGGAGGAGAGCGAGGCAACAAUACUGGAGCCGACAGUGGACAAUGUUUCUCGACCAGUGCAGGAGUUUCGUCGGCAGGAGCAGGACCAUUCAUUCGAGAUUGGUGAUUCAAAUCAGUCGCAGACUUUCCGUUAUAUUGCAUUUGUUAUGCUCUCGUUGAUCUUGGGCGGUGCACUCGUAGCUGGCUCUUCAAUGAUCUAG